AUGGUGGUUGUAGGGAGAAAUGAUUUUGUGCUAAUAGAAAAGUUGUGGAUUCUAAAGAAUAGUCUUAGAUGGUGGAAUCAGGAGAUUUUUGGUAGGUUCUAUUGGGAGGUGGAGAAGGGAGUGAGGGAGAUCAACGAAGGGGAUGAUGCGGUGGGAGGUGAAAACGACUUAUAUUGGGACAUUAUUUCUCUUACUAGAAAGGAGGCUUUGAGUAGAUUUUGGUUAAACCUUAAAAUCAAAGAGAACAUGCUUAUCCGAAUAUAUAGGUUGAAGUGGCUUAACGAUGGGGAUUCUAACAGUAAGUAUUUCCACAACGUUAUGAAGGAGAGAAUGAGACGUAAUUUUAUUGGUUCCAUCAAUUCGGAUAGAGGGAUUUUGGAAGCGGUUUCAAAGGUUAAGGAGGAAGUUCUGAAUCAUUUUGCUCUUAAAUUCAGCGAACCCGAAAUUAGCAAGCCGGGUAUCGUAGGAAUCCCUGUCAGAAGGCUUAAUCAACCCGAGAAGGCUUUCUUAGAACCUCUGUUUAUGGAUCUUGAAAUAAAGGAGGCGGUUUCAAAGGUUAAGGAGGAAGUUCUGAAUCAUUUUGCUCUUAAAUUCAGCGAACCCGAAAUUAGCAGGCCGGAUCUGAGUUGGUUGACAUCUCUAAGUCAUGGCUGUGGGGUGCUUAGAUGUUAUGGUUUUCUUGUGUAG